AGAUGCGAAUAGAGUUUAAAAUACACGAAAUCUACAAACGAUAUCGAGACGAGCGCUUCCUCGGCAUUUACGCGCUGCACACGCCGGCGCUUCUGGUGAUGGACCCGGAUCUGAUUCGCGACGUUCUGGUCAAGGACUUCGACGCCUUCCAGGACAGGUGCAUACCGUUCGAUGACAGCGAGCCGCUCAACCAGCACCUGCUGUUUCUCAACGGUAGCAAGUGGAAGAGACUGCGCUCCAAGCUCACCCCGGCGUUCACCUCUGGAAAGCUAAAAAUGAUGUUCGAGACGAUGGACAGAUGUGGACGCGAAAUGGUGGAAGUUCUGGACGAUGCAGCGCGGAGCGAACAAGUAUUAGAGGUUCGCGACGUUUCGGCCAGGUUCACGACGGACGUCAUCGGGAGCGUCGCUUUCGGCGUCGAGUGCAACUGCCAGCGCAACCCGGACGCUGAAUUCCGACAAUGGGGACGCCAGAUAUUCGAGUUCUACCCGUCAGACAGGGUUGAGCAUCUGUUACUCGCCAUCCAUAUCCCUACAGCAAAGCUUUACAGGGGAAUUAUAGGCCGGAAAGAGGUUCUCCAUUAUUUUGAGCGCAUGGUGAAGGAUACAGUGAGCUACCGAGAGAGAAACAACGUGGUGCGCAACGACUUCAUGCACCUGCUGAUACAGCUCAAGAACAGAGGCUUCGUAGACGAUGAAAAGUCUUCCAGCGCAAAGGUUCAAGAUGACGACAUCAGCAACUGGAAGCUAUCCGACGGAGACUUGGCAGCCCAAGCUAUGCUGUUCUUCGCGGCGGGCUUCGAGACGUCAUCGACGACGAUGAGCUACGCGCUGUACGAGCUGGCCCUCAACCCGGAGGUGCAGCGGCGGCUCCACCAGGAGGUGGACGAAACCCUGCAGAGGACGGGCGGCCGCUUCACGUACGACGCCGUCAUGGGGAUGCCCUACCUCGACAAGGUCCUCUCAGAAACCUUGAGGAAAUACCCACCGAUAACUCUGCUACCGCGGAAGACGACCCGCUCGUACCAGAUACCAGGCAGUAAAGCCGUUGUCGACAAGGACAUCGCAGUGGCCGUUCCUAUCUACGCGCUGCACCACGACCCCAGGUACUUCCCUGACCCGGAUCGGUUUGACCCUGAGCGGUUCUCGGAGGAGGAGAAGGCCAAGAGGCACCCGUAUGUGUACCUCCCGUUUGGUGAGGGGCCACGCAAUUGCGUGGGUAUGCGACUUGGUCUCUUGCAGGCUAAAAUCGGUCUUGCACACCUGAUGUCAAAGAUCGAAUUCCAGAAAUGUGAUGAGACUGAAAUUCCUAUCGAAUACGAUCCGCUAUCCAUUGUGCUAAUGCCUGCAACCGGUCUUCAUCUCAGAGCGAAGAGGAGAUCUGUCUGAAAACUAA